AUGGAAGAUGUUAAACUGCAAAAAUCAGAGUAUGGAAAAAAAACUAAGGAUUGUCAUGAGCCUCAUGACUCGAAACCUCCGUGCUCUCUCACCCAAUCAUUUCAAGAGAAGCUUUGUAAUACUUUGUUGGAAGCUGCCCCUUCAUGUGUAACUUUGUACUUUAUGACGAUACCCCCAGUACAAGCUGUGAAUGAGGAAGAACACUUGGACCAGAUCACACCUGCUAACAUCGAUCAUGAGGAAAUUGUAGAAUAUGCAAAAGUCUCUUCCGUUAAAGAAUUAGCUGAAAUAAUUAUUGCUCAAAAUAAUUUUACAACUUUGCCAAAUCCUACAUAUGAGCAAUGUAGUAACUUUUUAGAGUUUCUACAUCAUUGUAAGUUUGAAACAGAGGCAAUAUUUUAG